AUGGAGAUCUUCAAAGACCUCCAUGUCUCUGUUGCAGAGGCCUGUGAGGCAUCUUUCGACAAUGCCUACAAAUCCCUGGAAAUACAACUGGCUGCCCAUGAGGCACGUGUGCACGAGGCCGAGAGAAGCGCCUCAAUUGCCAACAAGGCCCGGCAGGCAGCCGAAUGCCGACUUGAAGAGCUCCAGCACGAAAUCACCGCUCUACGGGAGGAAUUGCAUCACUAUGAAAUUGAGAAUAAGGAUGUUGAACUUCCUGGUGAUCUUGUCAAUCUGGAGUCCGAAUUCUCCCCCAAACACAUUUGGAGACCGGAUUUACACGAUGUAGAUCAGUUGCGAGAGCUACUGGAGGACAAAUACACAACGCUCUAUAACGAUCUCCAGAUCUUUGUCCGGAGUUGGAGCUCCUUGAAAUCAAAGGUCUUGCAACACAAGAAGAAGCUCCGUCACUGGGAUAGACAGCUUGAGCGUGACCAAUUUACAUUACUUCUUCAUGGAGCGCCGGUCACUUUUCAGAGGGUGCCAGCCACCGAUCCAAAGAAUUGGUCAAAUUCGCCGACACAGAUGGCCAGAGCUCGAUCAGUUCCAGAAUCCGAUGUCACUCGACACGUUAACCAUGACCCAGGGUCUACGAGAGCAACACAAAAUACCGGCUGCUCACCCGACACAGCGCCAAACAUCAAACUUGAAGAGAACAGCCAAAGAGCGCAUAGUAUCGACCAGCCAGUAGCGUCUAUUGCGAAGUCUAGUCAGACUAGAUGUAUCGUUUCACCCUCAGAAUCUUCAGACGUACUCUGUCCUCUGCCAGAAAUACAAAAUCGAAAGAGAAAGCGCGUCGGCCCCUCUUCCCAGGAUCAAGCAGCCGAGGGUGCUCCGGAACGACCACUUCUCAUUAAGGCCGAGACGAUGUCAUCGAGUCCAUCGCAUCAAUCAAUUGCUUCUGCUGGGCCAAAUUUUCCAAGUACACAAGAUCUGGAUGAUAUCGGUGGUACUGUAGCGACGCCUACCAAGAGAAAUCAUCAUCGAGAAGUACAUUGGGAAGAUGAAAACCCUGAUGCGGUGGACCAGGACGGAACAACAAGCAAAACUCGUGCUGGUGUUCUACAACACAUGGACGGAAAUAUUAGAACACCCAGGUCCUGGGGCCAAGGGACCGACACGAAGAAGCAGCGAGUGAUGGAACACCGCGCGGCAUUAGCUAUGGGGGAGGACGGUGAAUACAGACAUGGCGGUAACGUUACCAGGGAAAAUCGCUCCAAGAGCAUACCAACUACCCCAGUCAGUAUGCCAAGAACGAACGCAGGCGCAAAAGCCUCUCGGAGUCGUCUACAAGGCCUUCUGGAGGGAUCUUUACCCACAAAAUCACCGAUAGCUCCUGCUCGAAAUGGCGCUGGUCACAGGCAAGGACAUUCACCCAAAUCGAGCCGAAAUUGCCGCUCAAGUGAGUCAGCGUCGUGCCAAUCGCGUUCAGAGCAAUCUGAAGAGACAGCCACGCAAACGCACCUCGAUGUACAGCCCGAAGAAGAGCCUUUCAGAGCUCGACCGCUCCAUCGUCUGAAUCUAGGGCAUUUCAAAAUUAACCCUGCCCGGAAUCAAGGGCUUGACUUCGCCUACGACGCAGUCGUUCGUAAUAAAGAUGAUCGCAAAUGUUUGUCUGGGUGCACACGCCCUGGUUGCUGCGGGGACCAUUUCCGUGCUAUGGUUCGCCUUGGACAGACGUCUAAUCCAACCGAUGAGCAAAGAGAAGAAGACCAGCGGAUCCUCGAAGAAUAUGUCGGAGAGGACCGACACCUUCUAGACGGACUCAGCGACCAAGAUCGCCAAGAACUCGUCAUCGAAGCUCGAGCAAGGGCUCUUGCCAAUAAACAUGGAAAACAUCGACAUACCCAUCAGCGAGCUCGAAGUCCCCCAGGUUUCUGGCGAACUGAUAUGCCCUCCACCCAAGAGCUGGAGGCAGAUCGGCAAGAUGCGCAGGCGCGGGAACGCGAAAAGGUCUCUGAGCGGUAUCGCGAGGCAAUGCGGCCCGGGGGCCUGUGGACCUGGGCAGAUGAAUGA